CAUUCCACACAUGAUCAGUUCAGUUUCGUACGUCGAGUUGUAACCAAGUGCUUUGCCCACAACUGUUCCGUGCUCUGUUCCAACAUUUAGAUCAAAGUAUUACCGGAGUUUCUUUGUGCGCAGGAUAUUCCAAGAAUUGUGUAUCUACAAAUCCAUACUAAUUAAAAUUAAACCAAACGGGUGUGUGGUCCGAAAAUUGAAUCGAGUAAAAUUUAAUUGAAAAUCUGCCAAGAAGCGUCGAGGAUUUUCACAGGCGCAUUCGAAUUUCUGAUUGCAGGAACACAAAGCAAUAAAAAGAGCACUUAAACGUGAAUUCGCGAGUUUCCUGUUGAAGCUAAAUAAAUACAAUUUUAACGAAAUGAGGGAAAUCGUGCACUUGCAAGCCGGUCAAUGUGGCAAUCAAAUCGGUGCUAAGUUUUGGGAGAUCAUCUCAGAGGAACAUGGAAUCGACAGCAAUGGAAUUUACAAUGGCGACAGCGAUUUACAAUUGGAACGUGUCAGCGUUUAUUACAAUGAAGCUUCAGCUGUGACGCGUUCCUCUGGUGGAAAAUAUGUGCCCCGUGCCAUUCUUCUCGAUCUUGAGCCAGGUACCAUGGAAUCGGUGCGCUCCGGCCCCUAUGGGCAACUUUUUCGUCCAGACAACUUCGUAUUUGGUCAGUCGGGAGCCGGUAAUAAUUGGGCCAAAGGUCAUUACACGGAAGGUGCGGAACUGGUGGAUAAUGUGUUGGAUGUAGUGCGUAAAGAAUGCGAGAACUGUGACUGCUUGCAGGGCUUUCAAUUAACUCACUCAUUGGGUGGAGGCACUGGCUCUGGUAUGGGCACAUUACUCAUUUCAAAAAUACGUGAAGAGUAUCCGGAUCGUAUAAUGAAUACCUACUCGGUAGUACCUUCACCCAAGGUAUCCGACACUGUUGUUGAGCCAUAUAAUGCCACUCUCUCCAUACAUCAGUUGGUGGAAAAUACUGAUGAGACCUAUUGCAUUGACAACGAGGCACUCUAUGACAUUUGUUUUCGCACAUUAAAGGUAUCUAACCCAAGUUAUGGCGAUCUCAAUCAUCUCGUAUCUCUGACUAUGUCCGGUGUGACCACAUGCUUACGUUUCCCUGGUCAAUUGAAUGCUGAUCUUCGCAAGCUAGCUGUGAACAUGGUACCCUUUCCACGUCUGCAUUUCUUUAUGCCCGGAUUUGCGCCGCUCACUUCGCGUGGUUCUCAACAAUAUCGAGCUCUGACCGUACCCGAGUUGACACAACAAAUGUUUGACGCCAAAAACAUGAUGGCCGCCUGUGAUCCUCGACAUGGCCGAUAUUUGACUGUCGCUGCCGUUUUCCGUGGCCGUAUGUCCAUGAAGGAGGUCGACGAACAAAUGUUAGCGGUGCAAAAUAAGAAUAGCUCCUACUUUGUUGAAUGGAUACCGAAUAAUGUGAAGACGGCGGUAUGUGACAUCCCACCCAAGGGAUUGAAGAUGUCCUCAACCUUUAUUGGUAACACAACCGCCAUACAAGAGUUAUUCAAGCGUAUUUCAGAACAAUUUUCGGCAAUGUUCAGGCGCAAAGCUUUCUUGCAUUGGUACACAGGCGAGGGUAUGGAUGAGAUGGAGUUUACCGAAGCGGAAAGUAAUAUGAAUGAUUUGGUGUCCGAGUACCAACAAUACCAGGAGGCCACCGCUGACGAUGAAUUCGAUCAGGAUAUGAAUCAAGAGGAGGUAGAGGGCGAUUGUAUUUAAUGUUGAGACCAGAGGAAUGAGGAGCGUGCGGAGUGCGGCGGGAAAGAGGGGAAUAACAACAUUAACUUUACGAGAACGCCUAUGGCUAMCGAGAAUACAUUUCGAUUGGCGAGAGAGAUAUGAUAACUGCAAAAUUCUUUAAGACACUGAA